AAGAAACGGUAAGCAGAGCAGAGCAGAGCACACUGGCCUUCACUGUCAUUUAAAUGUCUUUCUUUGUAUAGAAUUAUUCUGUUUCCUCUCCUUCCUUCCACUAUCCAUUAUGUCUGCAGUCUAUUCAACCAGAAUUUGCAGAGCCAAGAAACGUAUCUAUCUGGAUCCCUAUUACAUAUUGGUCCUACACUGCUACAGGGUCAUGGCUCUGCAGGAAGAAGGGUGGCCUCUUGGGCUAAGACCAGUGACUGCAAGGGUUGGUUUGGUGAGAAAUCGUGACUUCAGUGGAUCAAUAUCAUUUAGUACUUUGCUUACUGGUUCUCCUCCUCCUAGCUCCACCACUGAUUCUUCCUCAGAUCUUGAUACAGAGUCUACUGGAUCUUUCUUCCAUGACAAGAGCAUUACACUUGGGAGCCUCAUUGGAGUUUCUAGCAUUUUAGAACUCUCAAGAAGAUCAACUAGGAGAAGAACAGCAGAAAACAUAAGAGACCAGAAAAGUAAUUGCAAACCAAAACCUUGGCUGUUCUCAUUAUGCUCAAGGCUAAGCACUGAUGCUGCUGACACUAACCACAGUACUCCUUCUCUCGGUCAUUUUCUUGAAGAAGAAAGAAGAACAGCGGCGAGCAACAUUAAUAGAAGGGAUGGUCUAAUUCUAUAUGGACCUAAUGAUUUCUCCCCAGUAGUUUUGCCCAAUUCACAUCUGAAUUCCCUCUUUGUCGGUGACCAUGUUGCUCCCCAAUCAAGUGCUUCAAAUGGGUUGAGAAGAUCCAACACAGAGUUGUUAGAACAUGGCAAUGGGAAUGGAGCUCCAUUACUGUUUUCAUGUUUGUGUGCACAACUCGGUGAACGAUGACACUUCCUGUCGAACAUUUUUUUUUUUUAAUUUUCUAAUGUCUGUUUCUUUCUUGGAUUGUCUUUUGAUCACACAUUCACUUCUGCAUGAUAAAUCCUCUUGCCUCUCUCAAAGAAAAAUUCAACCAUGCUUUUGGGUUCUUAAGGCAGGCACAUGUCGACA